AUGGAGUACAGGGUGCAAGCUCCGGCUUCCCUCCGGGAGCCACUGCAGGUGCCGGACAAGCUGCUGAUGGGACCGGGCCCUUCGAAUGCACACCCGCGCGUCCUGGAGGCAAUGAGCCGCCCGAUUCUGGGCCAUCUGCAUCCCGAGACGCUGAAGAUUAUGGACGACAUUAAGGACGGCGUGCGGUACCUGUUCCAGACGAACAACGCGGCCACCUUCUGCCUGAGCGCGUCCGGGCACGGCGGAAUGGAGGCUACCCUGUGCAAUCUGCUGGAGGACGGUGACGUGGUGCUGAUCGGGCACACGGGUCACUGGGGUGACCGGGCGGCCGAUAUGGCCUCGAGGUACGGUGCCGACGUGCACAUGGUUCGGGCGGCGGCAGGUGCCUCGCUAACGCUGACCGAACUGCGCAAGGCCAUCGAAUCGUACCGGCCGUCGGUGCUGUUCUUAACGCAGGGUGAUUCGUCCACGGGCGUGCUGCAGGGUUUGGAAGGCGUUGGAGCCCUCUGCCGGGCCAACGAUUGUCUGCUCAUCGUGGACACCGUGGCCUCGCUCGGGGGGGUACCGUUCUUCAUGGACCGCUGGGAAAUCGAUGCCGUGUACACCGGUUCGCAGAAGGUGCUCGGAGCGCCACCGGGAAUUACGCCGAUUAGCUUCAACCAUCGGGCCGUAGAGCGGUACAAGCGUCGCCAAUCGAAGGUGAAGGUGUACUACUGGGAUAUGUUCCUCGUUGGUGACUACUGGGGAUGCUUCGGUCGUCCGCGCAUCUACCACCAUACCAUUUCCUCCACCCUACUGUACGGUCUCCGGGAAGCCGUGGCCCUCGCAUGUGAGGAAUCCAUCCCAUCGCUCAUCGCACGCCAUCAGGACUGUGCCCGCCGGCUGCACGAUGGACUGACCACGAUGGGCUUCGAGCUGUACGCCCAAGAACGUGACCGAUUGCCAACCGUAACCACGAUACGCGUGCCGAAGGAUGUCGACUGGCUGAAGGUGGCUCAGUACGCGAUGAAAACGUACCUGGUGGAAAUCAGUGGCGGACUGGGCCCGACGGCCGGUCAGGUGUUCCGCAUUGGGCUGAUGGGACAGAAUGCCACCAGCGAGCGGGUCGACCGGGUGCUGCAAGUGUUCCGUGAUUCGAUAAAGGCGGUUAAACCGGACUUUGCCUUCCGGAAGAACGCAUCGAAAAUGUGAAUAAUCUGUGUUGUUUCUAGACGUUCCAAAACAUUCUCAAGAAGAUGAUUUAAAAUGGCUUCAAUGGCGACGCAUCGUGAGAAUUAAACAAACAAAACUAAUCUUUCGGAAAUAAGUGAUGAGGUAAAAAUAAACUAAAAAGAUUUUAC